UCCGACGCAUUAGCUCGUAGUUACGGUACUCGCAAGAAGAUAGCUUCUGCCGUCUUUCGCCAAUCGACGGAAUACAUCAGCGCGAAUCCGCGAGUGUCACGGACAUUCUGAACGGUCCAGGUCCGAACUGUUAUCGUAAUCGUGCGUAUGUUAAUCUUCUCUGCUUCGAUCUCAACGAGAUAUCGAUAAUGUUCUUAAGUGAAAUCCUAGUGCUUACGGGAUGAAGAAAUGUCGUGAAGUAUAAUUAUUGCGCGGGCGCGGGUCAAUAAUUCGUGCCACGUUGCCUGGCGACGGUAUUCCUACUCUGAGCCUCUGGAACAAACCGGCGCGAAGUGCUCCUCUCUUUCGUCUUCAGCUGUCCAGACUCCAGACAGAAGCCGACCAGCCUUCUACACAGCGCUACCGAGAGCGAAGACGAAGAAUCUUGUCUUCACACUGCGGUGGCUGAUUCCUCAACAGUGUCAUCUCUGCUCGUGGAGACAACUAACCAGAACGGGAAGCGGUGGUAUGUGGAAGAACAAAAAUGAACCGACGAAAGAUACAUCCACGUCGUCAAAAGACGGACCACACACGCAUAAUUCUGUGAAAUUCGUGUCUGAACGUUGGUCGUCAUUGAAAUCGUCGUUUAAUAACAAUAUCGAAAGACUAUUCGGUUUUAAGUUGAGCGAUGUGUCGAGUUUCGAGAAGUUCACCCAGUUUCUGUAUCGCCCGACCGAUCCAGCCAGUCUGGGAGUGGUCAGAGCUCUGUUUGGUCUCUGCAUGAUAAUAGAUGUCGUCGAGGAGAGAGGCUUCGCAGACGUCGAUAGAAAAUGGGGAAAUUCGUGGGACUGUCACUUUCCACUGAUCCACGGGAUGAAGCCGCCGUCGCUGCCGUGGAUGACAAUGAUAUACGCGGUAAUGUGGCUGGGUGCCUUCGGAAUCGCGCUCGGUCUGCGAUUCAAAAUCGCAUGCGCCUGCUUCGUGCUGCCUUACUGGUAUGUCUUCUUGCUGGAGAAGAGCUACUGGAACAAUCACACCUAUCUCUACGGUAUCGUGGCCAUUCUGUUCUGGGGAACAGAAGCGAACAAGUAUUUCGCGUUAGAUGCGAAACGGAACGGCAGCUCCGUGCCGUACUGGAAUUACUUCAUUCUGAAGUUUCAAUUCUUUGCGCUUUAUUUCUUGGCUGGCUUGAAGAAAUCUGACAGAGAAUGGCUCGAAGGCUACGCCAUGACGACUCUGUCUAGGCACUGGGUGUUUUAUCCGUUUAAAAUAAUUCUGUCUCCUGAGCAGAUUGACUUUCUAAUUGUCCAUUGGUUCGGCUUUAUCUUCGAUCUGUCCGUCGGAUUUUUUAUGCUGUUCGAAAAAACACGCAUACCGUCCAUGGUCUUGUGCACAGCCUUUCAUUUAAUGAACUCGAGACUGUUUAGCAUAGGGAUGUUUCCGUAUGUGUGCCUAGCAACAAUGCCGCUCUUUUGCCGUGUGGACUGGCCGCGUAGAUUUGGGCUGUGCUUUAGAUGGAAACAAAGAAUUGUAUCGGUUAAUGUAAAUUCAAUCGAUGCAAAUGGCUUAAAGGAGACUGACAGCCAGGCAAAAGAAACCCUGAAAUCGAACUUAAUAUUGCCUUCGAAUGAAUUCUUACGUAAUAAAGAGAUACACAAAAAGAAAACUACGAACGAGGAAAUAAAUGAAAAUUAUUUUGUUAAAUCGAAAUCUGAAAAGAAAAUCAACGAAGAAGAUAACAAUACACAGUCAUCUAAGAAUUCGACUCAGUCGAAUGAGAAAGAAGCGACAAGUAAAAAGGUUCGGAUAGCUCAACAAUCCCGGAAAUACACUACAAGGAAACAAAAAUUUGUAACGUCACUGUUGCUGUGCCAUAUUGUACUGCAGUUCUUUUUGCCGUACUCGCAUUUUAUAUCAAAGGGAUAUAAUAAUUGGGUACCCGGUUUAUAUGGUUAUUCCUGGAACAUGAUGGUUCAUGCCUGGGACACGAUACUCGUAGUGAUCAAAGUGCACGAUAACAUAAACAACGAGGUACAAUACUUGGAUCCUGACGCGUGGGUGCAAAAUGAUCGAUGGGUCAGACACGGGGACAUGGCGAUACAAUAUUCGCAAUGCUUAAAGAAUAAUCUGAUGCGCCGAAAAGAGGAAGCGUUGAGGAUCGAUUAUGAAUCUGAAGAUAAAGAAAAAUGGAUGAAACUGUCUACGAAUCUAAGCAUUUACAUAGAUGUGUGGUGUUCGUUAAACGGCAGAUUUCAACAGAGAAUAUUUGAUCCGAACGUCGAUAUGUUGACAGUUGAUUGGCACCCAUUUAAGCCUAUUUCGUUUCUAAUGCCAUUACUCACGCAGUAUAGUUCAUAUCGUUGCAGAGAUAAAAUGGAUAAAAUUCAGCAGCAUGUAUUCACUUGGUCGAAUUAUACGGAUGUGUUAUUCGUGACUGACUUUCCGGAAAUGUACUUGGAAAACUACAUAUCUACCGAUUUCGUGAACGUUUCUUUAACAGUGUUGGAAGGCGAGGUAACUUAUGACGAAGAAGAAUCAGUUAAUGUGAUUACUGUGUCGAAAGAGAAAUCGAUUCCUGUUGAAACAGGAAAGUUUCAUCGAAUAAAAGUUACGAGUUCUCAUCCGGCAUGCUACAUGUACACUUACACCAAUCAAACGAGACAAUUGGAUAGAGAACGAAAACCUCCACCAAUGACAAAAAAUACAACUUGGUUAUUAAAACAAAUUAAUUAUAAAAUCAUGGCGUGGUUAAAGACAUUCAAACAUAUAACAAAUGCCUUCUUAAACUUAAUAUAUGAUGUGCCUAUGAUAAGUGCGCGUUAAUAAGUAACGCCCAUUAAUAAUGAGCAAAAAAAAGAUUAAAGUUACAUCUUGACAUCUAAUCUACAUUUAAUUUUUAUUUAGCACUCUUUAAGAGUACUUUUUUCUCUUUUUGAACGUAAAUUAGCGUAAAUUUAAUUAUCAAAGUUUAAUAAUUUUGAAUGCAAUGCUUGCCAAUGAAAAAUUGCUAAAAAGUAAAUUUAUUUAUUAGUUAUUAUAUGUAAGUUGUUUAAUAAGUUUCGAACUUGAACAUGAAGAUGACAUUACUAAUCAAAACCCAAAAAUAUAUAAUGUUUCAUUGUUAGGCACAAAACUUAUCAAACCACACAUGUAGAUAAUUAAUUUAUUUCCAAUUGUUUGUUAUAAUAUAUAAAUAAUUUCUU